AUGACGUUCAAUAGCCGCACGGCUCCUGUGCCCAUCACCGGGGCCACGGCCGCAGUGUUGCCUACCACGCACAGGCCCGACUCCAUUACUGUCAAGGGCUUCAAGAUUUCGACACAAAAGCUUCCGAUUCUCAAAGCAGAUCCCAUUGAAACUAUGACAAAAAAUCUUGGCAUCGCUCCACCAGAAAUGAUUUUCGGCGAUAACUUUGUGUCUAUCGAACAUGAGAAAAGUGGGUGGAGUAUCAACUUCAAUGCGUUCGACGCUCUGGACCGUGUUGAUAAGACGGGAGAGUCUAUGCUGAAAGUAGCGCACUCGAAAGAAUGGCAGAAAAGCAGAGAGACGACACACGAAGGUAUCAAGGAUGUCAUUAAACCAUUCGACUGGUCCUAUAGCACAGACUAUAAGGGUACCGUUAUAUCCACACGAGAUCGCGACUUCGAGCAAACACCUACCCCUAUACCCAUCGAACUACUUAAACGCCCUGACCCUAUACUGUUCUUCGAUGAUGUAAUAUUAUACGAGGACGAACUCGCCGACAACGGUAUAACCAUGUUAUCUUGCAAAGUCCGUGUUAUGCCGGGCAGGCUUCUUCUUCUCUCGAGAUUCUUCAUGAGAUUGGACAACGUUCUUUUCCGGCUCCGGGACACCAGGAUAUAUAUCGACUUUGAAGGAUCGGACGUCAUAAGAGAGUAUCAAUCCAAAGAAUGCGACUAUGAAACAGUACGACAGAAACUAGCAAGUGCCCGAGAUGAUAUACCCGCUAUCAUGAGAGACCCAAACAGGCUCUCCGAGCUUCUUCCCCUCGUCGAUAGGCGACUAGAGCGGGUUGCACUCGGAGAAUAG